AUGCAGACGAUGUCAAAUACCAAGAAAGCAAGCGUCCAGGCUAUAGAAUCUGAGAUCGAUGCAGCAAUGGGCGCAGGACCAUACGGUGUCGCUAAUGAGAAGGAGACAGCGCCAUUUUGGAGCGAUUUUGAUCCUGCACUUUUUAAAGAACUCGUCGCCGAAGUUUCGCAGCAAACUUCGCCCGUGAAUAUGAAUGACGAAGAGUCACAAUUUGUGUUGAAUGUCGAAUUGAAAGAGGUUCAGACGUCGGACUUGGAUUCUGUAAUAGAAGUAAGUGAGAAAUGCUGUACAGCAACAAUAAAGGAGAACAACGGAGUGCAAGCUACUGCCGAAUUUCGAGAAGUUGCCAGUGGUCAGUUGGAUAAUGAAAGUUGGAUAAAGAUUUACAUCAACGAAUUAGAUGAGGAAAGAAGAUCGCGAAUGUUAGAUGUUGGGGUUCAGACUGGUGUGCUCGCUCGAGUGCAGCACUUGUACACUAUCCAAGAUCUGGAAGCUGAUGUGGAGGCCUCUAUCGGUCAAUCACAAGGCGUCCAUCCCAUCCCCUUGGAGGAAAUCAUUGGAGGUGGUGUUAAAAAAAGAGUGCCGGAACGACGGUCUAGCGUUGCACAGCGUCUGUCCUUUUCCGAGACCUCAAUGUUAGACCGUUUGCGCUCCGUUUAUGAGUCAGGAAAUGUGAAAGAUUUUCCCUCUGCUAAAGGGAAGCCAUCACCAAGUAAUCGCGCACAUGCUGAUGGGAAUUCAAGGGUAGGUGACGGUGAUUGA